AUGUCUCGUUUUCCAAAGCCUCACAAGUUGGCUGUGCCAGUCAAGCCUCCUAAAGGGCAUUUUUUCUUUGCUGGACAUACCAUCGAACGUGUAAAAUGGUGGUCUUCCGGUCCUAUGAGGAAGCUAUACUUCCUCCUAGUCGUUAUGAUAAUNGUUAGUAUCAUAUUUGAUUGUUAUGAUAUGAUCCCAGACACCCCUGACACGACCUCAAGGACUAAUACCGCAAAUGGCUUCGAUGGAUCAAUGAUGAAUGGUCUUCAAAGUUUGUCUUACUGGCAAGAAUAUUUCAACUACCCAUCGGGUUCCAUCCUCGGCUUGUUCAACGCUUCCAUGAGUCUUGGCUCCUUGAUCGGUCUCUUCUUUGUGCCCUAUAUCAUUGAUUCACUUGGUCGUCGAUCGGGUAUUCUCAUUGGGUCACUUGUAAUGUGUUUGGGGGUUGGCCUCCAGACGGGUGCAGCCAACUUUGGUAUGUUCGUUGCAGCCAGACUCCUUAUCGGAUUCGGCGACUGUAUUGUGCUUGGAUCUGCUCCUCUCCUCAUUACCGAGCUUGCGCCUCCUCAAGAUCGUGCCGUCUUGGUCACUUUGUCCGGCGCAUCAUAUCAUUCUGGCGCCUUCAUUGCAAGUUGGGUCACAUAUGCUACUCUCAAGAUUCCCAGCGAUUGGGCAUGGCGCUUGCCCUCUCUGCUCCAAUGCACUUUCUCAAUCAUCAUCUCCGUCGCCGUCUUCUUCACCCCCGAGUCUCCUCGAUGGCUGAUCAGCAAAGAUCGCUCCGAGGAAGCAUUGGCUAUCAUUGCCAAGUACCAUUCUAUGUCUGGCGAUCCCGAAGACAAGCUUGUGCAGCUUGAGUACAACGAGAUUGUGGCUGCUAUCAAGAUGGAUCAAGAGGCCAAUCGUACUGGCUGGCUUGAUCUUGUCAAGACUCCAGGAAACAGGAAGCGUAUGGGUAUCAUCACGGCCAUCGGCUUCUUCUCACAGUGGUCUGGUAAUGGAAUCAUCUCAUACUAUCUUUCUACUGUGAGUCACGAUUUUGGGCUUGUAUGUAUAGCUUAUCUGACCACCCCCAGNAUCAUGAAGGACAUCGGUAUCACCUCCUCGAGCACUCAGCUUGGCAUCAAUGGCGGCAUGAAGUCUUGCUCCUUGGUCACCAACAUCGGAAUGUCCUUCUUAGCCGACAAGAUGGGUCGUCGUCCCAUGUACCUGAUCUCAACCAUCGGUACCUUUAUCGUCUUCAACAUCGCAACUAUAAUUGCGGCACGCUAUGCCGCAACACCUCAGGGCUCACUUGGUGCAGCAUUCGUGGGUAUGCUGUUCGUCUACGGCUUCUUCUACGACUUUAACACAGNNAAAUGGUCUUAUGGCUACCUACACCACCGAGAUCAUGCCUUAUGGUCUUCGUGCCAAGGGUUUCACCUGGGUAAGAGACUUUGGCGAAAGCGCAUACCACAUGACUGUACAAAGCUAACAUUCGCCANNGCUAAACUUCUGCGUCACCCUCUCUCUCUUCUUCAGUUAGCACUCAAGUGGAAGUACUAUAUCUGCUACUGUGUCUUCCUUGCCUUCGAGGUCGCUGUCAUCUACCUCUUCCUCGUCGAGACCCGCUACACGCCCCUGGAGGAGAUUGCAAAGUACUUUGAUGGCGAAGACAGGACUCUUGAUGUUGCUGCUGUUGCCAAUGAACAGGUCAAGCAUGAUGGAGAUGGAGAAAUCAAGGAGNNAAAAAGUUUGACUGUGCAGCAAGUCGAGAUUGUCGAGAAGGUUUGA